AUGGUUAAAACUAACUACUAUAAUGGUUUGAAUUCUGCUAUAUCACAGAUAUUAAUCAAUCUGCAAUAUAGGUAUAGUAAUGAAACGCCUGAAAUGUGGUGUUCUCGUAUUUGUUAUCCAUUUAGGACACUUCUAGAAAAUAACCUAAAAUACUUCUCCAAGAAUAGAUUUAUCCAUAUGACUGAAAGAUCUAGAGAUAGGAGAUUUAUGGUUGAGAAGCGUUCAUUUUAUAUUUAUUGUACUGUAUGCGACACUUUGGUAUUUAUCUACAAAAACACUAUCGAAUAUGCUAGUAAUCACCUGAAGAAAUGUAUUACCAAAAAAUACCUUGCAUAUUCUAAACCUGUAUGGAAAAACAAAGGAGUGCCAAGCCAAAAGAGUGUAUCAUUGCUCAGUCCCGAUGAGAUUGAAAAAUUUAUCAAACUUAUUGGGUUAUGUACAGUAAAGGCUUGGAGAGCUUUCCAGUUAAGACCCGAAACAUGGGCGAAACGAGUUUGGAAUAUGGUGGGGAAUGAUGGCACUCCCAAUGAGAAGAAGUUUUUAGGUAUAACUCCUCGCGAUAUAAGAAUUUCUGAUGAUCGAUAUGUAUAG